AUGGCCAGAAAUGGAACCCCCGAAGACUACCGUCUCAAGAUCAUACUCUUUUGGAAAUUCAAUCGGCGAAAUUCACAGCUUGCGGAAAAUGAAGAGGAGUCAGACGUUGGCAGAUACCCAUUGGGAAAUAUGUUUAACAUGGAUCAGACACCAUUUCCAUUCGAGUUCCUAACUGGACGCACCUACGAUUUCACAGGGAACAGUACAAUAUGGGAACGAGCAUUAAGGUCUGGCUGGGUCAAGCCGCUUUUGAUAUUUCGAGGAAAAGGCGAAUCCAAACCAAUUAUUCUUGAAUCCAUGAGAUACAAUUCCAGGAUCCGUGCUAUAUUCAAUCCCAAAGGAUACAGCAAUGAGAGUAUUACACUAGAUUGGUUAGAAAAAGACUUGAUACCGUCAUCCGCCUUUCCGGAAAAACCAAGAUUUCUUGCCCUUGAUGUUUUCGCAGGCCAAAAAACAGCAAAAGUCCUUACCGCUUUCCGUCAUUCAAAUACAGUAACCUCAUUUAUUCCUGAAGGGUAUACGGGCCUUGUACAGCCUCUCGAUACAGCAGUGAAUAAAAUAUUAAAAGGCAAAAUCUCGGAACUCCUGGAUUUAGAAUUGGAUAAGAAUAGGUCGUUGUGGGAAGAGGGACAAUUUACUGUUGGUGAUAGGCGAAUAUUGAUGACUUGGGUGGUGGCGGAGGCAUGGGACUGGCUACAUCAGGAAAGAAAGGAGCUUAUUGUCAAAUCGUUCCGCCAGGUCGGGAUAUCACUCGCAAUUGAUGGUUCAGAGGACAGUGAGAUAAAAGUAAAAGGUCUUGACAACCUAGAGAUUGGUGACUGGUCAGAAGGGGGGCUUGAUUGCAAUCUCAAUCGUUUAGGAAAGACAGGAGCAGGAGAACUAGAAUGGAAUGGAGAGAGCGAGUUACUACUAGAUCCUGUUGUAGCAGAGCUCGCACAAAAUCAACUGGCAGAUAUUAUUGAUGGAGAAUAUAUAGACAAUGAUGAUGAUGUACUAAAAGAUAGAAUACGAUAA